CAUCAUCUUCUUCUUCUCCGUCAAACCCUAACCCUAACAACAAUGAAGUACAACCCACGAGUUACAAGCUCCCGCCGUAAAUGCCGAAAGGCGCACUUCACCGCUCCGUCGAGCGUCCGGCGUGUGCUAAUGAGCGCACCACUCUCCAACGACCUCCGCACCAAAUACAACGCCCGAUCCAUUCCCGUGAGAAAAGACGACGAGGUUCAGGUGGUGAGAGGCACGUACAAAGGCCGUGAAGGUAAGGUUGUGCAGGUUUACCGUCGGAAGUGGGUGAUCCAUAUUGAACGGAUCACUCGUGAGAAGGUUAACGGGCAGACGGUUAAUGUGGGUGUGAAUCCGUCGAAAGUUGUUGUGACGAAGUUGAAACUUGAUAAGGAUCGGAAGGCGUUGUUGGAGAGGAAGGCGAAAGGGCGUGGGGGAGAUAAGAAGGGGAAGUUUAGUGUUGAGGAUGUUGCUGCUGGUGCAUCUCUUCAGGAGAUUGAUUGAUUAGGUUGUUUUUGUUAGUUUCGUGGUUUUGAUAUGAGAUCUGUUUAUGAUUUAUGAAUCGAUCGGUUUAUUUCGGUUAGUGUUUUUGUUUAUGAAUCUGGUUUUGGUUAAUUGUUUAUGGUUUUACACGAUUUGAUUUGUUCGGGAGGUAAUUGAAUCUGUUACCGGUUGGUGAUGAUAAUUGAUGGAUCAAUUGUUGUUUGUUCU